AAUCAAAUAACUUAUAAGUAGACACUAAUCUACAGAUACAGAUACAGAGAGCACAAAAAUAUUAACAACGAACGACCAUGACCGACCACGAAGAGUUGUACAGCAGAGCCAAAGAGCUAAAACGAUUCGAUGACACUAAGACCGGAGUCAAAGGUCUCGUUGACUCCGGCCUCAACACAAUCCCACCCAUCUUCGUCCACCCGCCGGAGACCUUAUCCGACCUCAAACCAGACCCGAAAGCCCGACCCGUAUCGAUACCUGUAAUCAACCUCGCCGGCUUCGGCUCCCCUCCUCGGCGGGCCGAGGUCGUCGACAAGGUGACCCGCGCCGCCAGGGAGCACGGCUUCUUUCAGAUAGUCAACCACGGGAUUCCGGCGGCUAAGCUCGACCGUACGAUCGCCGCCGUGAAGGCCUUCCACGAGGGACCGGCGGAGGUGAAGGCGAGGCUGUACCGGAGGGAUGCCGGCGCCGGCGUGACGUACAUGUCGAACGUGGACCUCUACCAAUCGAAGGCCGCCAGCUGGCGCGACACGCUGACCGUGAGGCUUGGGCCUGACCCGCCGGUGACGGGAGAAUUGCCCGAGGUGUGUAGGGAGGCGCUUGUGGAGUGGGACGGGGAGGUGAUAAGGUUGGGAGCGGUGGUUAUGGAACUGUUGGAGGAAGGGCUGGGAUUGCGUGCGGGCAGGUACAGGGAGUUGACGUGUUUAGAGGGAAGGAUUAUGGUGGGCCACUACUACCCGCGCUGUCCUCAGCCUGAUCUGACGGUGGGGCUUGCUUCGCAUGCUGAUCCUGGAGUUUUGACGGUGUUGCUGCAAGAUCACAUGGGUGGGUUGCAGGUUAAGACCGGUGGGCAAUGGGUGGAUGUUAAACCUGUCCCUGGAGCAAUUGUUAUCAACGUUGGAGAUCUACUUCAGAUUAUGACUAACGAUCAAUAUAAGAGCGUGGAGCAUAGAGUAGUGGCCAAUCAAUCGGAAGAACCACGAGUGUCUAUUGGAGUUUUCUUAAACCCUGGAAAAAGAGAGGAGACAUAUGGCCCUUUGCCAGAGCUGAUAUCGUCCAACAAACCAGCGGCGUAUCAACAGUUCACAUUCUCAGAGUUCAUGCGAAGGUUCUUCACUAAGGAAUUGGAUGGCAAAUCAUUGAAAAAUUUCUUUAGGAUUUGAAUUUGUAUCAGCAGAUAGAAUAGAUUAAUCUAGUUAUUUUCCAUAAAUACUGCUAAAAUAUAUGUAUGCAUCUUCGAACGCUUAUGCAGCAGAAUAAAAUCUCCCGAUUCCAUAAA